CAUUUAACCUGCUUAAAGAAAAACAACAGGAGACACACUUAACGUGGUCAUGACAGCAGCAAUUGCUCUUCUGGUGUUUAUUCCAGCUGUGGAGUCAUGCUUGCGCUUGAGCAGCAAUACAACAACGGUAAAUGUGACCACAGGCUCUGAUGUGCUACUGAACUGCCACUUUGUGUACAAAUUCAAAUUAACCCUAGGAAUGAUCUCAGUGUCAUGGAGGAGGCAGCCUGCAACAGAGGAAAGUCAACAGAUGAUAGCACAUUUUGAUGGCCUAAACCUCCAAACUUUCUACAAGAACUCAUUUCUCUCACCAAAAGCACUGUUGGAAGGAGAUGCAAGCUUGCUAAUGAAGAAUGUGUCUAGCUCUGACACAGGAGAUUACUUCUGUGAUGUUCUGGUGACACCAGUAAAGAAAGAAAUCCAACUCAACUUAAAUGUAGAGGAAAAGGAACAUAAGAAAAAUAAAGAAACAAGAAAGCCAUUUCUAAAAUACCCAUAUGGCAUUAUUGGUACAGUGGCUGGUUUAGGUGUAGCUGGAGCCUUAAUUUACACAGCAGGAUUAAAGAAACGAUUUCUAACGAUAAACAAGACAUUUGCUAAAAGGCCUAUUUCAAGUUGUAUGGCUAAAUCAUGUCAAAUCACAUAACAUCUGACUGGAAUCUUUGCCCGGCAAGCGAUGUCCUCCUUCACUUCCAACUAUGACUACCCAGACUGAGACAGAUGGCUUCUUCCCAGCCAGGCGUGGUCACCUCCGCAUGACAGGGGAGUCUUCUCCCUGGCAGCUCCAUCAGGCAGCACUAAAGGACCCAAACAGUACAUCCCAUUGGAACUACAACUCCCAUGCAGCCCUGUUUCACCAGUGGGGUGCUGCCACCCAGUGUACCAAGGGAAAACAUAUCUUUCACUGUCCAUUCAGUACAUUGGCCACCUGGCCAGGUAAAGAAACACCAUCCUUCUGGGUGGGGUGCCAGCCCAUUUAUGCCUCCUUAUAUAAGUCCCUAAAAGCGUCCUUAAUCUGGUGAUGUAAAAUUGGAGCAUAUUGGUGGUAGAACUAUCACACAAAACCGUCACGGCAGUCUCUUCAAGGGACUUGUCACUUUAAAUCUUUGAUUGGGCAAAGAACACUUGCUUGUAAUUUUCCUAAAAAAUGACAUUCUGUAGAGAACCUCAGUUCAAAGCACUUUAUGUAUUUUAAAAUUUUGAUUCAAGACAGAUAUAGAGGCUUAACUUUGGGUGAUGCACACAGGCAACAGUGGGAACUUAACUUGCAACCUUGUGGUUUAAAGUCCACUUUCACAGCAAGUAUGCUGCACUGCCUUGCCAAAAAAUCUAAUUAAUGUUGAAUAGUGUAGAGUAAGCUAAUUUGUACGAGUGAAAAAUAUUGUGGAAUAUUCUUGAUUUAUACAUUAGCUCCUUGUCACUUAAGGUUCUGCUGUACUUCUACUGCCAAUGGUACAGGAUAGAGUAGAGUGCUUUAAUCGAAUAAUUUUUACAUUUUUAGACAUCCACACUAGAAAGAAUAUUUAUGCAUUAAAAACCACCAUUCCUUUCUUUAUGUUGUGUGUGUUACACCUUCUUUGUUAGAUGAUCAUUAUACCCGAACUAAACCAAUAACUUGGCAAAGUAGCUUAUAAUCUGAAAUUAAAUAUUAAAGAUGUGUGCAUAUGGCAUUUGUACACAUACAUAAAAAAUGGUAGCCAUUCUCGGGGAUGGAAACUACCCAAUAUAUAAGAAAUCAUUGAAACCAUCUCCAUACAUAAAGAAUCAGUAAAUAAAUCAGCUGUAAGCCAAAAAUGGCAACAACAUUUUGCAAACCAGUAGCUUUUUUACAGUAUCUACUGAGGGAAUGAUAAUAUGAAUAUAACAUAAACAAUACAUUAAUACAUAAAUUGUUUUUUUUAAAUAAUUCCAUUCAUUUGGAAACAGUAAAUAAAGACAGAAUCCAACUCAAACAAAUGACAUAGCAAGUAUGUUACAACUGAAAAGCAAAGCUCAGCAUUUUGCCUGACCCAAAAAUAGAGGAAGAAGCAAGUAGAAUAAAAAAAGUUAGCACAGGCCUGGCAUGUUUAUCAAUGAGGUCUUGCCAAGUUUAGAAAAAGAUCUGAACUUAUCUUUGUAAAAAAAAAACCAAUACUAAUUCUAAUUUGAGAUUAGAGUGCUUUCCCACUGAGUUACAGAUGGUGGACUGGGUUUCUUGCAGCUGAACAAAAUAAGCCUUUUUAAAGGCACUGUAGUACAGUAUAUUAUGACUGACUUUUUAUAACACAUUUAAUCCAUCUGGUACUACUCCAUGUAGGCACUGAAAUGGAUAUACAACACAAUGUUAAAAUCUUCAUAGACAAUAAUUUAAUUUUUAUUUGAUAUACUUA